AUGACUCCAGCGGCCGCUGCUGCAGAGUUCCACGCUCCUUCCAAAGAGGAGCGGGCAGCCGGGCGUGCCUUGUGUGGAGGAUUGCUCUGGCCACCAAAGGCCCCUGGGCUUCCGGCUCUAUGCCCUGGACUCCCCGAAGCAGUGCCCCCGGCACUGGCGCUAGCCUUGCAGCGUGGUCUGCCGGACGUUUUGUUGUACAGAUGUUUCCCGCUCCUUGUGCGGGCGAAGCAGAUCGAAGACAAGGAUGAGAAGGAGGCCCAGCGUGCAUACGCGCCGGUGCUGGUAAAACUCAAGGCCAUGGGCUUCUUGGUGCACGAUUCACUUCUUCUGCCUGCAGAUGCAGCGGGCCAGCGCAAGCUCUUGCUGCUGGUGCAGCCAUCAGAGCCCUUGAAGAUUGCGCAGCUGGCGAAAGCAGCCCGCAGCCUCGAUGGGCCGAACCUCUCCGUGUCGCUGCAACCCCACGUACCGCCGGUCCUCAACAUCAAGGACGAGGCCUCCCGCCAACUCCACGUCGAUCACUGGCGCCAAGUCUACCUCGACUGCAUGAAGUUCUUUCCACGGUUCUUCCAGCCUCGCACGCGCGUGCUUGCAGUGCCACCGUCAACUGAACAGGAGGUAGAGGAUCUUUCCUGCCACCUCCUGUUGCACGGCUUUGCAGUGCUUUGCAUUGUCCACCCCACGUCAGAGAAGACACCGAAGGUCGAUGCGUGCAUCGUUGUGCGUGGGAUCGGCAUGCUACCAGCCGAAGGAGAUGGAGUGGCAUCCUUCAUUGAAGCCAACUUUGAUGAGAGCAUCGCCUUGCAGGCCCCGGGAAACCACACGGCACAUGCGCACCACAACUCCAGCAAAAAGUUGCUGAACACCCCGCAGAAGGAGCAUGACAAGAUGUUUGUCCUCUCGCACUUCUGGCUGCCGAUAUUGCUGGUAUCAUCGCUGCUAUUCGAGGCGCUCCACCUCAAGUGGUCGGAGGUGGAUUGGUCCCGCAGUGCGCAAAGAACGGACGCGUCUGAAGGGACAGAGGAGCACGUGGAUACGAGUUUCGCGGGCCUCACUGUGAAGCUGGUUCGAAGGGCGGACAGCCUGGCGAGGAUCUACUUCGAGGGGGCCGGUCGAGUCAAGGGCCGAUCCUACAUGAUGAUGCUGGUGUGCCACAGCCUCUUCGGCCAGUAUCUCAGCCUUGUCAAUUUCGACUACAUGAGCCGGCUCUUCGAUUUUUACCAGCAUCCCAGCCAAGCCGUCUUCGUGGCGUUGAUGAGCAACUGGUUUGUUCUGUAUGGAAGCAUGUGCCUGACGGCAGUGUACUCCCAGUACAUUGAGAGCAUGCUCUUCAUCCACUGGAAAGACCACAUGACCCGAUACUUCGAGCGGAUUUGGGUGCCGCACAGCUACGGCUUCAAGAUGAAAGAUGACAGCCGAGUGGAUAACCCGGACCAGCGAAUCCAGGAGGACAUUGGCAGUUUUGUGCCUUCCACAUACGACUUGACCAUGGGAGUCCUAGAUGCCACUUUGCAGCUGAGCAUUUACAGCAUCAUGCUCAUCCAGGUCCAGCCGAAAUCAGCUUUUCCUGGGCUUCUGUUUGGAAUUGCCAUCCUUUACACACUCAUCGGCUCCGUAGCCGUGCACUGGAUCGGUCGAGACCUUGCGUUCCUAUCUUGGCAAGGCGAGCGAUAUGGAGGCCACUUCCGUGCGGAGCUCCGGCGCGUGCAUGACCAGAGUGAGACGGUGGCCGCCCUGCGAUCUCAUGAGGCUGAACUUCAGCGCCUCGAGCAACGCUUCGAAGCCAUGAAGUGGAAUAAGUGGCAGGGCAUGAUCUUGAAGAAGCGUCUCGGAUGGUUCGAUCGGAUCUACGACCCGUUCAAAUCUGUCCUGUUUGUGUGCGUCUUGAUGCCGUUCUUCAUCAAAGGAGAGGUGUCCCUAGGCACUGUGAAGCAGUGUGAGAUGGCUUUGUCGCGUAUUACUGCUUCCCUCGGUUUCUUCAUCCACGAGUACAAGCACCUGGCUUCCUACAGGGCUCAAGUGGAUCGUUUGCUGCUUGCUUGUAAUUGCGGCAGAAGAGGUGGCUUGGUCACCCUGUCGGACCGGAGGUACAACUUUCGCUGCUGUGGUCUUGCAUUCAUGCAGGAGAAGGCGGGCACGACUUCCGACUCUCCAGGUGAGAGACAUGAGAGACCUGGUGGAAAUGGAGCUGCCGAAGAAGAGCUCGAUUUGGAGGUGGAUGCAUCGCUUCGACAGCACCUUUCCACUGGCGAAGCUGUCCCGGCUCCGCCAGCACGGACGGCGGAGGUUCUGGAGCUAAGAAGAGCUCGGGUCAGUUUGCCCUCGGGAGAAGUGUUGAUGGAAGCUGACUUCCGUGUGAGCAAAGGCACCAGCGUGCUCCUUUGUGGCGGCGAGGGGUCGGGCAAGUCAACCUUCCUACGGGCACUGGCAGGAAUUUGGCCUUUCACUUCGGCCGAGGAGGCCUCAGCGCCUCUGACUUCAACCGAUUGCUUCUUAAUUCCACAGAAGCCGAGGCUGCCCAUGCCCAUCACACUCCGGCAAGCACUGGUGUUCCCAGAAAAUUCAGGCUCCUUCCCCGAUGCAGAAAUCGCCACCGUCCUCGAACAAGUCAGGCUUGCUGAGCUGCUCGCACUGGGUCUUGACGAGCCCAUGGAUGUCAACACAGUUCUUUCCGGAGGUCAGUUCCAGAAGCUGAUGGUAGCGCACUGCUUACUUGUCAAACCGGCGUUCAUUUUGCUUGACGAGUCAAUGGCACAUCUCUCGCAACAGAGUCAACACCACCUGUAUGGCCUGCUUAUCGACGAGCUCAUCGGACCUGGACUUUGUGGACUGGUCAGCACAUGCCAUAACCCACAGGACCUUGGGCGAUAUCAUCAAGUCCAUUAUCGGAUCAGCCGCAAGGUUCGAGAGAGGUGCGAUAGCACUGGCAGCACUGGAUCUGGGUUCUGCACGCGCAAACUGGAGCUGGUGGAGCCAGGUGCGGCAGUGGAGGCAGAUACAACCAGCCCGGUACAAGAUGUGCACCGGCGCCUUGCCGAGCAGGACGAGGAAAUUGCGAUGCUCCAGCAUGCUGUCCAGCACCUCCGGGAAAAGCGGCCUUCUAGGUAUGGUUCCUUGGCCGCGGCACUCGCCUCAAAAGGCUUGCCAUUGGCGCUGACGGCAGUGCUGGGUCCUCCGCCCGCUACUCCAGCCGCAAAACCCAAGGCCUCUGCGUCUUCUGCCAAACCCAAAGGAGGUGCGCCCGCGCCACUGGUGGCAAUCCCACCGCUGCCGCCCGCAUUGAGCACGGCUCCAGAAGUCUUCGAGACAGCGCCACUCCUCCCACCCCUUCCCACCAGGCCUCCGGAGCCCCCACCUCCCCCAGCACCUCCCCCGCCACCCCCUCCACCCCCAAAGUGCCCUCCACCGCCAGCGCACCCAGACAACAAGCAAAAGCAUGAGGGGACGAAGGAGGAUCAGGCACCAGAGAUCGCCCAUCAAAUGUACAGCCGCGCUAGCUUGAAAUCCUGUACGGCCGCAGCCAAUCUCUCCGAUUGGUCCGAGCACAAAGAUGCCAAGACGGGCCGGACGUACUUCCACAACCGAGCGACCGGCGAGUCAACCUGGUCGAACCCCGCGCUCGCCAAAGCUGCAGCGCCAAGAACGAAGGAGCCCGAAGCUGGCCUCAUCCCGGGCACCAAGGAUCCGGUUCAGGAGGCUAGGUUGACAAUUCUGAAUGACUUCUUCCCAACGAGAGCCGAGAGCUGCUACAUCCGCACCAAAGCAUGUGCAGACGAGCAAAUCGUCUUCGAAGACGCUGCUGGCUUGGGCUUUGCAGAUGUCGCCCGCGAGCUUCUGUUGAUCAGCGGCUGCGCCAUUCUUCUGGAUAGGCCUUGCCCUCUGGACAUGGUCACCCUGCGACUGCUCCUCGGUUGCUCGGUACCUGGCCCUGGACAGAGGGACCAGGAGGGCCUCGAGGCUUCCUUACAGCUGUGGCUGCAUCAUCUGCAGGGCCACCGGCACCACCUCUUCGUGGUGCGCCGAUCGGGGGCCGUGGCCCUGCUUCUGCAGUUGUGCUUCGGGCCCUACCUCCGGCGCCAAUUUCGAAAAGCUGCUUCACACGGUCCCUUGACCUCCACUUGGCCCUUCCUCCACCUGGACGAGGACCUGAGGCCAUGGCCCCCACCCAUGUUGCCAUGUUUGCAGUCUCUUCUUUCCGGCUCCCCUCCGGUGCACUUGAGCGGGAAGGGUCCAGAACUGGAGCAGGCGGGCAAGCCAAUUUCAGCUCCCGUCGUUGCGACAGCGUGCCAUUCCCGUGCCCACGCUUCUGCCGUGGUCGGUCGCCUUGCCGGUGAGCUGCUCCAGAGCCAGGAGGUCGUCCUGGUGAUGCGCGGGUCUGCGGACGAGACUGAUUUCCAGUCGGUGCGAGAGACACUGUCGGUGCCUCCUCUCGGCUUUGUGGAACUUCUGUGCACCACCGACCCGGCCGUGAUAGGCGAUGUGAUGGUCCCAACAUCCUCACGGCCGUCGGCAUCGCAGCCGGACAGGGUCAUGCCGAUGUCCAUCCUUCGAGCAGGACCCAUGGAAUGUGAUACGGUCCAUGGCACGUGGCCACGCAUGCGUGACGGCUUGUGUUGGGCGGAGGAAGCGAUCGAUCACGGCAGUGGUGCGACCGAAUCAGCACUGGCCUUGGCAAAAGACCGCAAGCGUACUUCAAUUCCUGUGAUCUCAGAAAGGCGCUUGGUCGACUUUUACCAGGUCGAGAACCGGGGCCUGGCCUUUGCGAGCACUCAGACGGCCAGCAGGGAACCCCGAAGCAACACAAGGAUCACACUCAAAGCGACGGGCGAAGUCCGAGCCUGCAGGACCAUUCGCCGGCGUAGGGUGGACUCCUACAGCGCGUCGAAGGAAGUUGAAAUCCUGCGCACUGACCAUCCGAACAUCGUGAAAUUGUUCGAGGUGUUUGAGGAUGAGGUCAACAUGUACGUCAUCCUUCAGUGGUGCGAGGGUGGCAACAUCCUGGAGCGUAUUCAGAAGGAGCCAGACCUUUCAGAAUCUGCAGUGGCGCACAUUCUGCAGCAGGUGCUGCACGCGGCUUGUCAUUUGCACCUGAACCUGAUCUGCCACCGCAACCUCACACUGGAGCACAUCUGCUUGUUCGAGCGGAACCUUCCGCUGGAAAAGAGCGUAGUGAAGAUUUGGGACUUUGAGCUGGCGACGACGCUGCCGAAGGAGGGUGCCAGCAUGAGCGAAAGCAUUGUGGAGCAUG